ACUAAUUUGUGCGGGUUAUGAACGGAUGAUCGGUUCUCGUCGCAGGUUUCCUGAGUGCCCAAAACAGCGGCCCACCUACCUUUAUAGUAAUGGCUAAGUGCAUACCGCCUAAUUGCUGUCUGUAGGAAAGAAAGCAGAUGAGGGGGAAGAUAUGAGUCUGAAGUACAUAUACAUUAAUGAAAAAAAAAAAAAUACACAAUAGGCCUAAACUAGUCUGCAGAACGGCUUGCACUUUUCACCUGUGAGAAUCACAGUAUCAAGAAAAACAAAUGAAUUGUUCCACUAGCACAGAGUGGUUAAUAUUUGAUGCCCUCGGUGCACUGUGUGCUGAUUGCAUCGCUCUCCAUGGUGCUGAAAUGGCGAGUGACGGCUGUCGGUUAGCCGGAGGCGCCGGUACGGGCUCCGUGUUUGGCUGCUCGUCUCCAUCGCCACAGAGGACAUGCGAUGAUUAACCCGAGCUCAUGUGUUUGAUAUUAGAUGAGGUGCAGAUUAAUUAAAAUAAAUGUUUAGCACCGAUUUAAUCAAGCAUGCAAUUGCCUAGAUGAUUAACCUUGGAUAACUAAGGACUUAUUUUAAUGCAAGUUGUAUUUAUUGCAAAGAAGAGUAUUUUAAUGCAGAUUAAAUCAAUGAAAAUGUACAUCGUGCAGUACCUAAUUCGUUAUGCGCGUACUUACACAAGUACUUAUGUGAAUGUAAGCCUUUUUUUAUAGGCUGUGCCAAAUAAUAGGCAAUGGCUGUGUCAUCAUGCAGGGUUGUUGUUUUCUUCCUUUUUUCGUAAUCUUUUUCAUUUUGUUUACUAAACUCCUCGCUGCCACAUCGAGCAACCGCUAUACGUCUUUAUUUCGAUGCCUUGUUGUUUUUCUGCAACCCAUUCUUGUUCUUUAAGGAAUCAAGAUUAUUAGAGUCACAAACAAAAUGACAUCGUUGCCAUGGCAACCGAUCAGUGUGUCUCCCUUCAGCACACACACACACACACUUACUCACUCACGCACCAUAUUGCUUAGCCAGCCAUAAUCGUGGCAAGGAUGAGAAGUAGUUUGAGAAUCGAAGCACUUGAAGCGGUCUGGAAUCGACGUAUCAAGCCCUCAUCAGCACCGUCGCGCGAAACCAAUAAACGCACUAUUCAGCGCAGCGGACCUCUGUGAGAACACCCGCCUCAUUCCACCGGUGUUUCGUGACAGAGUCGGAAUGUUCCCGUGCGCACACUUUGCAGGCGGCGUCGAUUAACGGCAACACAGAGAAAAAACGCAUGGCAUCGGUGCCGUCCGUUUUUCUGAGCGGUGUUAAAAAUAUAGGAGGGACUUAGGAAAAGGUUCUCUCACCUGGAAUACUUUCACAGUACAGAACGUUUACACGCAAAUAAGUUGUACACGAUCUGUUGCCUAUCGCUAAAAAUCGAUGCUUUAUCUGUAGUACGAACAUGGAAACAACUGGGGUAGGUGAGAGAAAAUCCUGGAAGGCAAUUAGUGACUAUAACUGUUGUUUUGUUAGCACAAGACGAGACUGCCAGCAGUAGGAAAGUGCUGCAACAGUUUGUGGAAAUAACUGAAUUUCUCAGCCAUCGUCGUCGCUCAGGGUUGUCCUGAGGAGCGGCAGAAAUCAGCACAGCGACCGGAGGAAGAUGUUCACAGAGGCACAUCGCUUGAUAACCGAACACUUCAUAACUGCCAGUGGAUUCCAAGAUCAACCCUGCUAAAUUAAUGAGGAGACAGCCAUGUCCACACCAUGGUAUUAUUAACAGUUUCACUGAGAGCUUCAACAAACCAUUUCAAAUGUUUCUCGGUGGGCUUAUCUGGGCUUAUCUUAAAAGCAAAUCUGCUGCGUGAACCAUAAGAAACUGGAAAGCGGCUGCAAGGUUUACACACAGUCCCUCUCCUUGGAAACUUCUAUUGUGAAGACAAUCAGCCUUGAAAACGUUUUACGUCUUUUCUGCCACCAUCAUCAUUUUUUGUGUGUCUGUGUCAACGGUUUAUUAUACAUUUUCAAUACACACUUAAAAUAGGUGUAGAUAGGGCGUACAUUUUAUAUCCAACAUGACAGAUGACUCGAUUCAUAUCUGAUCUCUUUUAACUAUUUUAAAUUUACACAGGUUUAUCCAUUUGGUAAUUCUGCACAUGCUGAGUGAGGAAACACAAAUUCAUUUUAGUUGAGUAACGUAUAGGCCAUGAAUGAAAUACUGCACAGAAUCUAAAUGAUCCCUCACAUUACUGCCCUUGAAGUUCAACAUUUGGAGUAGUCCUGUUCACACGUAAACAAGUGCAGUCGAAAAAGAUUCAUUUCUGAGGUUAUUAUUUAUUAUUUCACCAAGUGUAUGGAAAUUGAUUAUAUUUGUUCUUACUAGUAAACAUUCAGGGAGCAUUACAGGUCAGGGAAAUCUGCUUGAAGACUAAGUGCCAUUGCUGAAUGUAAGGAGUGCCCAAAAAAAGUAAAACAUUAAUUGUGGCGAGAAGCAAAACAUUAGUUUACAUUUUAAAGAUGUUUACAGUUGCCCCUUUCUCUUAAAUGAAUAAUUAAUUCUGAUAAGUGCCAAAACGGGGAAUUAAACCUAAAUACUUUUAAUGUACACAGUUGUACUACAACAUAAUUGCCUUCAUGUGUCAUUAAAACACUAGCUACUGAAGUAAAGGACAGUAACGAGAAGCCAUUUGUUUGUCUGUGGAAAUCCACAAAAGGGAAUAUUUGUCUUGUUAAUACAUUCAAAACUGACAAUUUGUUAAAUAGUCUUUCAUUUCCUGUUCAUACAUGAACUAGCAAAUUGUAUUGUUACCUGCACAGAAUAUUGUCAGAGUUUGGAUUGUUUUACAUAUUGUUCAGGUUUUUCAGCUAUAAGUUGGACAGAAGCGCGGCAUGAUGAGCGAAUAUGUGUUGUGUAACUCACCUUGAAGCUCAAAGCACUUCAAAAUAGUUCUUUUUCUCUCACACCGACUCGGAGUGUGACCGUUCACAGCACACACUUUAACAGACUUUGAGAACAGAAUUUUCUUUCGAGACUGUUUUGGUAUAUACUCAGAUUUCAUACGUCGGAGGGCUGCUACAAGUAUAUUUUACAUACAGUGCAAUCAGGCUGUUUUUACAAAAGUCGCAUUGUGCGGUGGGUUGAGUCAGCGAGACAAAAUAGCAGCGUUAGUCAUGUAAAGAUGAUGCCCACCUUGGAAGCUCGAAUGCGUGUCAUCAUUCUCUUCCUGCUAAUCGCUGUCCCACUUAACGCUUCCUCUGCGAGCGUCCCGGGCCCUACCAGAAACACACCAAAUGGGCCUAUCACCAUUACCCCAACGCCCAACCCCAGAUCUCAGGGUAGGGGCUUUCUGUAUCCCCUUUCUAAAAACGUUGGGGGCAUGCGAGGGAAGUCCAUGAAUCGUCGGCCAAAGCAGCCAGCUGGAGCGGCAGAAAUGCCCCCCAGGCCGCUGCCUCAGAUAAUGCUGCCAAAGAAUGUAACGACUGAUGCACUGAAGGCCCCUUUCGGAGCAGCGCAGGUAGCUCCGCCUCCUCGCAAACUGGUGGAAGUGGACGUGUGUCGGGGCUAUUAUGAUGUCAUGGGGCAGUAUGACCUCACCUUUAACUGCUCCAAGGAUGACUUCAUCUACUGCUGUGGCACCUGCCAUUAUCGGUUUUGUUGUCCGGACCGCUCUCAAAGGUUGGAUCAGAACAUCUGCCACAACUACCAUUCCCCUGUGUGGGCCAAUACGGCCCCUCCUGCGACCAGAUCCACACUGCCUGCCGAUCCGGACCUCAGCCGCAUCGAACAAAGCAACAACACGGUCUAUGUCAUCGGCGGAGUCAUCUCGUUUACAGUGGCAGUGGCAGUGGCCAUUAAAGUGGCAUUCCACAAGGCUUCACGACAGCCUCGGAACAGAGAACUCAAUAUGCCCAGGGCUCUUGUGGAAAUGUUGCGUCACCAGUCGAGUCCAGUUCAAGAGGGAGAGAGGAACAACAGUGUAGCCUUGGGUACUGGAGGAGGAGAGGGAACUCUUGGACGGCCACCUAAAAAUCACUAUCCAACGCUACAGAAUAAAGAUAACCGACUGGGAAAUCUACAGCACAACUUCAUCCACACCACAGGCUCCAGUCCCAAACAUACAGCUACCAUUGAGCGUGCACAGCGUAUGAACAACAUGCAGCUGGCCACCGGUGGAACAUUGAAGCCCAGUAAACAUACUAACGCCAUGAAGCCCCAGCCGUCCUUCCAUCAAUCUCUACAUAACCUGGCUCAGCUGCCGCCCUCGUAUGAAGCUGCCAUGAAGCCUGAGAUCAACAGAUACUCCUCUCUCAAACGUCUGGAGAAAGGAGGAUUGGAGGAAUAUUCAGGUUACUGUACCACCAAACGGAGGCCCAACAACGCUCCUCCCACCUUUCAUUCCUCCCAGCAUCACCUUCCCUGGGGUGGCGACUACACGAUGGGGGGAAGAGGCACGCUUCCCAACCGUGGAACUCGUCCUCGAAUACCUCAUCCACAGUCUGCUCCAAGCCACACCCCAAAUCCUUACCCUCUGGAUCCACCGGAGUCGAAGCAAAACCAGAACUAUGAUACGCUUUCCAAACCGCCACGCCGCGUCAAAUCCACGGACCAGCUCCUCGCCCUUGUUGACGGCAGCACCUUGUCAAGGAUGUCGAAGAACCAGCAGCACCAGUACCACAAAGCCAUGGCCACUUCCUCAAAGAACUCCAAUACGAACACCCUGAAGAAGUCCAAGGACAGGCUGUUGAUGUCCCCAGAACACCUAGAGGAGGAGGAGGUAGACAGGGUUGAGUACGAUGGAAGCAGGAUGGGUAUGGGAAUGGUCGACUACACAUCUGGAGGGGGAGGUGGAAUGGUACCCACCCUGCCCCGCGUUAGCCACCAGAAAGCUCAAUCGCAGCAGAAUGUUUGCGCCACGCCGUCGCUCGACCGUCACCACAUGAUCAAGAUGAACUCGCACCCGACCUCGGGGCGAGAGCAAGAGCGCAAUUCAGCGGCUAUGUCAGGUCACCUGGGAGGAGGCGGGGCUGGAGGAGUGGGAUGGGGCGACAUGCCAGGAACCGGAGUUGUCAUGGGAACAGGGACUCUUGGUGGACACAGUGCCAGGAGGCUUGCAUUUGCAGCUAAAAGGCAAAAUACCAUUGAACAACUUCACUUCAUCCCCGGUGGAGGGGGAAGUGGAGGAGUGGCAUCCAACCAAGGGGUUAGAACAGGAAGCAAGACUGAGGUUACUGUGUGAGCAAGAGGCUGGAACGGGUAUGAAGGGAAUGAAGAAGAUGGGAAUGGAUAGACUGUGUGAAGAGCUGGAGGAUGGUAGAGGGACUGUGGGAGAGAGAGAGAGUGGGCGGAAGAGGGAGAGAAAUAACAAGAGAAGAGAGAAAAGGAGUAGGAGGAUGGUAAAGGAAUAAGAGAAGCAGAUUUUGAAGUAGGGGGCCACGAAAAGGGAGAAACUCGACACAGAGUGAAGUGGCACCAUCUUUUUACAGAUAUACAAUGUACAUAGUGGCAAAUUCACAAGAUUAGAUUAGAUAACAGUUAUAAGCAAGGUUUAAUAGAGCUUCAGAGUUGUCAUGCUUUUUAUGUUCAUGAAAUUGCCGCUAUAAUUAUGAUUGAAGCUGCCAUAUACAACCAUUUAUUUGCGUACAGUUUGCCUAUAAACCUAUUGCAUAGAAUAUCAGUAGAGUGUAAUAUAAAUUCCACAUGAUGUGAAAGAUGAACUGAGACAUUUUUCAUAUCUUUGUCAUGUUUUUAUCCUCAGAUAUUUUACAUUGUUACACAUGACAGAUAUAGCUGCUAUGGAGCCAUAUAUUUCAGAGAACGGCUUUCAUCUUAUAACUAUGAUGGAACUACUGGGAGACUAAUAUAGUAAUUAAUGUCUGCAUUAAGAGGAACCAGUUGAAUAUGAGUUGAGCGCUUAUCCCAACUGUUGAAUUGUUAAGCUACUUACAGAUGGACAAACGUAAUGCUGGAUCUUAUCUCUUUUUAAACCCUAAUCCACUUCAGCAUAAUGAAGAAG